AUGGGUCUGACGUUCACGAAGCUGUUUGCGCGGUGGGUGGGCAAGAGGGACAUGCGCAUUCUCAUGGUUGGGCUGGAUGCUGCUGGGAAAACCACCAUUCUCUACAAGCUCAAGCUGGGCGAACUCGUUACAACCAUCCCCACUAUUGGCUUCAACGUGGAGACAGUAGAGUAUAAGAACAUCAGCUUCACUGUCUGGGACGUGGGAGGGCAAGAUAAGAUUCGCCCCCUCUGGAGGCAUUAUUUCCAGAACACCCAAGGGCUCAUCUACGUGGUGGACAGCAACGAUAGGGAGAGAGUGAUGGAGGCGAGAGACGAGCUGCACCGCAUGCUCAACGAGGACGAGUUGCGUGAUGCAGCGCUGCUCCUCUUUGCCAACAAGCAAGACCUCCCCAAUGCGAUGAACGCUGCUGAGAUCACCGACAAGCUCGGCCUGCACUCGCUGCGCCACCGCACCUGGUACAUUCAGAGCACCUGUGCCACCUCUGGUGAAGGGCUGUAUGAGGGGCUCGACUGGCUCUCUAACAACAUAUCCGCUAAAGAUUAA